AUGGCAGACUAUGCAGUUCCAUCAACGACCAUAAGAAAGGAUGUGCCCAGCGCGCCCGUGCUCGCGCGUGCGUGGGGAGAGGGAGGGAGUAUCGGCAAGUGGGAUACCGGUGUCCGAGGGCUCGAUCUGGAAAACGCAUUUGGGCACGCAUAG